AUGGCAACCCUUAAAUGUCCAGCUCAUGCUCCUCCUCCUUCUGAGGACGCUGAGCAGCUUCGUAAAGCUUUCGAAGGUCUUUCUUCAUCACUUUCUAAUUUCAAUCCUUUUAGUGACCAUUUUAGAUUAGUUAUAGAUACUGAAUCAUACGGUAAACAGAUGCUUCCGUUUGCAGGCUGGGGUACCAACGAGCAAAUGAUCAUCGACAUAUUGGCUUACAGGAAUGCAGCACAGCGCAUUUCGAUUAGGAAAGCUUACAGUGAAGCUUAUGGGGAAGAUCUCCUCAAGGCCUUGGAGAAGGAACUUACUCGUGACUUCGAGCGGGUUGUGCUGCUGUUUACCCUGGACCCUGCAGAGCGAGAUGCACAUCUGGUUAAUGAAGCCACAAAGAAGGCCUCAUCAAGCAGUUGGAUCAUCAUGGAAGUAGCCUGCGCUAGAUCUUCAAAGGAGCUACACGCCGCCAAGAAGUACUAUCAUGCUCGAUAUAAGAAAUCCCUCGAGGAAGACGUCGCGCACCACACCAGCGGUGAUUACCGCAAGCUUUUGGUCCCUCUUGUUAGCGCAUUCCGCUAUGAGGGCGACGAGGUGAACUUGUCGUUGGCGAAAUCCGAGGCUAAGAUACUUCGUGAAAAGAUCUCGACCAAGCAUUACAAUGAUGAGGAGGUGAUCAGGAUUCUAUCAACAAGGAGCAGGGCACAGCUAAAUGCAACUUUCAAUCAGUACAAUUCUUCAAUCGGCAAUGCCAUCAAUAAGGAUCUGAAGCCUGAGAGCAAGGAUGAAUACCUCAAAUUAAUGAGAGAUGUUAUCAAGUGCUUGACUACCCCCGAGGACUAUUUCGAGAAGGUUUUACGUCAAGCCAUCAAUCGAAUCGGAUCAGAUGAUACAGCUAUUAUACGAGUCGUGGCAACUCGUGCAGAGGUAGACAUGGUACGCAUCAAGGAAGCAUAUCAGCGUAGGAACAGUGUUCCUCUCGAGAAAGCAAUUGCUGGAGAUACUUCUGGGGACUAUAAGAGAAUGCUUCUUGCCUUGAUCGGAGCCGGAGAUGUCUGAACCGUUAUUGGUUUUUGGAUCCUUCGUAUGAUUAACCUAGUAUGCCUCUUCAGCAAUGACUUAAUGUUUGCUUGGCAAUUAUUUGAAACGCCAU